GUUUGGUUUAAUAUUAGACGGUCAUGGCAGAUUCUCAAGAGGACAAGCUGUACAGGGCGGAAUACGCCAAAAGUGGCCGCUCUUCAUGCAAGAAAUGCAAAGCACACAUAGGUGAAGGGACGCUGAGAAUGGCCAUCAUGGUGCAGUCUCCCGUAUUUGAUGGCAAGGUCCCCCACUGGCACCACCUCUCUUGCUUCUGGCUGCGAGCAGCAGCUCAGUCCACUGCUGACAUUGCUGGUUUUUCUGACCUCCGCUGGGCGGACCAGGAGAAGAUCAAGAAGGCCAUUGAAAGGGGUGGAGCUACAGGAGGAAAAGCUGACCAGAAGAGUAGUGCUAAGGGGGAGAAGACACUGAACCACUUUGCGGUGGAAUAUGCCAAGUCGAACCGCAGCACAUGCAAAGGCUGUGAGCGGAAAAUAGAAAAGGAUCUGAUUCGUGUGUCUAAGAAAUCUGUGGACCCUGAGAAGCCCCAGCUGGGUCUGAUCGACCGCUGGUACCACACAGCGUGUUUCGUGAGCUGCCGAGAGGAGCUGGACUUCAAACCUGAGUACAGCGCUGCCCAGCUGAAAGGUUUCGAUGCACUACGAGCUGAAGACAAGGAGGAACUCAAGAAGAGUCUUCCUACUGUCAAAUCUGAAGGAAAACGGAAAUCUGAAGAGGUGGAUGGAGUAUCCAAGAAGCAGAAGAAGGGGGAAGAAGAAGAGAAAAAGAAGCUGGAAGAACAGUUGAAGAAUCAAAGUCAGCUGAUUUGGGGACUCAAGGACAAGCUGAGGAAGUACUGUUCAAUCAACGACAUGGCGGAGCUGCUGAUUGCAAACAACCAGGAGGUUCCCUCUGGAGAGUCCAACGUAGUGGACUGCCUGGCUGACGGCAUGGCCUUCGGUGCACUUCAGCCCUGUAAAGAGUGCUAUGGCCAGCUGGUGUUCAAGGGUGAUGCUUAUUACUGUACUGGGGACAUCUCAGCCUGGACAAAGUGUGUGUUCAAAACCACAAAACCUGCACGCAACGACUGGGUCACCCCCAAAGAAUUCAGUGAGGUGCCUUUUCUGAAAAAAUUCAAGUUUAAGCGACAGCACAGGAUGUACCCCAAGGAGGCUCCCAUCCAAACCCUGAAAAAAGCCAAAGCUGAACCUCUGCCAAGUGCUUCCAGCACCCCAACUGAGCAUCUGCCGGAGGGGGCACCUUCAGACAAACCUCUGGCUGGGAUGAAACUGUUGUCUGUGGGCAAGCUGCACAAGAACAAGGAUGAUUUGAAGGCCACUGUAGAGGAGAUGGGUGGAAAGAUUACCAGCGCAGCCAAAAAGGCCUCUCUCUGCCUCAGCACCAAGAAGGAGGUGGAGAAGAUGAGUAAGAAAAUGGAGGAGGUAAGGGACGCUGGCGUGCGUGUGGUCUCUGAGGAGUUCCUCACAGACAUUAAGUCAUCAGGCAAAGCUUUCCAGGAACUGGUCUCCCUGCAUGCCAUCUCAUCCUGGGGUGCAGAAGUCAAAGUUGAGGCCGAGGCUUCAUCCGUGGCCUCCAAGUCUGGAGCGCUGGCUACCAAGAGCACAGGGAGAGUGAAGGAGGAGGAAGGUGGAAGCAAAUCGAAGAAGAUGAAACUCACAGUUAAAGGAGGAGCUGCUGUGGAUCCAGACUCAGGUCUGGAGAACAGUGCCCAUGUCCUGGAGCAGAAUGGGAAGAUGUACAGUGCCACACUGGGUCUUGUCGACAUUGCCAGAGGAACCAACUCCUACUACAAAUUGCAGCUCCUGGAGGAUGAUGUACAGAAAAGGUACUGGGUGUUCAGGUCAUGGGGCAGAGUGGGCACCACCAUUGGAGGCAACAAGCUGGACAAGUUUAAUGACAAGGACUCUGCCCUGAAAAACUUCCUGACUCUGUACAGAGAAAAGACAGGCAACAACUGGGGCUCCUCCAACUUCGCCAAACUUCCUAAUAAAUUCUACCCCCUGGAGAUUGACUACGGACAGGAUGAGGAGGCAGUAAAGAGGCUGACAGCCGCCACUGGCACCAAGUCGAAGCUGGCCAAACCUGUUCAGGAGCUCAUCAAGAUUAUCUUUGAUGUGGAGAGCAUGAAGAAGGCCAUGGUGGAGUUUGAGAUUGACCUCCAGAAGAUGCCCCUUGGAAAGCUGAGUAAGAGGCAGAUACAGAGUGCCUAUGCUCUCCUCACUGAAGUCCAGCAGGCUGUGUCAGAUUGUGUACCCGAGGCCCAGAUACUGGAUCUCUCCAAUCGCUUCUACACCCUGAUACCACAUGACUUUGGCAUGAAGAAACCUCCACUGCUCAACAGCCUAGACUACAUUCAGGCUAAAGUGCAGAUGUUGGACAACCUUCUGGAUAUUGAAGUGGCAUACAGCCUGCUGAGAGGAGGGGCCCAGGACAAUGAGAAUGAUCCUAUCGACAUCAACUAUGAGACACUCAAAACCAAGAUUGAGGUUGUUGACAAGACCACAAAUGAAGCCCAGAUUAUUAUGCAGUAUGUUAAGAACACUCACGCUGCUACACAUAACACGUACACACUGGAAGUGCAAGAAAUCUUCAAAAUUGUCAGAGAGGGAGAGCACCAGAGGUACCGUCCCUUCAAGGAGCUACACAAUCGCCAGCUACUGUGGCACGGUUCUCGCACCACCAACUACGCUGGUAUCUUAUCUCAGGGUCUUCGUAUUGCCCCUCCAGAGGCUCCAGUGACUGGGUACAUGUUUGGCAAAGGUGUGUACUUUGCUGACAUGGUGUCCAAGAGUGCCAACUACUGUCACACCUCCCAGUCGGACCCCAUAGGCCUCAUACUGCUGGCCGAGGUUGCUCUCGGCAACAUGCAUGAACUGAAGAAGGCUUCACACAUUACAAAAUUACCUAAGGGCACGCACAGUGUUAAAGGUUUGGGUAGAACUGCUCCUGAUCCAAGUGCCAUUGUCACUUUAGACGGGGUGCAAGUGCCUCUGGGAAAAGGAGUCAACACCAACAUUGAUGAUACAAGUCUACUGUACAACGAGUACAUUGUGUAUGAUGUUGCGCAGAUUAACAUGAAGUAUCUCCUGAAGAUCAAGUUUAAUUACCAGACUUUGCUGUGGUAAGAGGGACUGUGUCUGAACCUUCUGCUGUGAAAGUAAAGACCAGUGUUGCCUCCAAAUGUCUAGGCUUCAUUCUCUGCAACAGAAGAUAUUUGGCAAAGGAGUGAUAGUAUAUCACACUUUGCAGUGGUCAUUGGAAAUGUCUAGUCACUUUAUUGCUUUUUCAUCAGAUUUCCAAGAUACUUUAAAUUCCUACUUCUGACUCGUAAGCUUCUCACAGCUCAGUACUAUAGCUGAAGCAUGCCACAAACUAGAUAGAAAGGUUUUGGUUUAGACUUGAAACAUCAGAAAAUGUUUGUAGUUUGCUGUCUCACAUUGUAGUGAUACUUUUGAGAGGCAGGUUGCUUCUCUGUUCUUUAAUGAACAUGUAGUUAAUAAGGCGUAGUACUGCAAGUUUAGAAAGAGUUGUGAACAGCCAUCUACAAAUUCGUGUUUAUAUUUCCUAGGGUUCCUAGGAAAUUAACCACUAAGAUGUUUUUGUACACUGUUGGGUUCCAAGAUAUUGUACCAGGUUUGACAUGUAUAUACUUGUUUUUUGUUUGUUUGGCUUUUUAAUCUGUCACCCUUUCCAGAAAUAAAAAAAUAAACAUU